AUGUCAUUCUCUAUAUUGUCACCUUCACCUAUCAUCCUCUGCCCCGUUUCUAUUUCCCCUCCAAUUUCCUCACAAAACCAAAAGCUGACUGUUUUUUUCCUUACCGUAAUCUGGCCUUUGAACUUCCAUUUUUGUUUCACGCCACUAUUAUCCUUCCAAAUCAUGUAUGUCUUACACAUAUUUUCCUCCAAAUUUCUGUAAUUGCAGGGUACUAGAAGUUUUUUUUCUUUCUUAAGACUCAACAAGGACUUGGGAGGGGUCAAUUAUGAUUUUAAUGGUCUUGAUCAUAAGUCAAAAAAUCUCUCACGAGAGCAAAUUUUGAUGGAAUGGGAGAUUUUUUGACUGGGCAAAUUAAAAAUCGGAGGAAAAAUAUUUUGGGGGUUUUUAUGGAAAACAAUGGCUAAAAUGGUAGGGAUGACAUAAAAAAUGACAUCUUGAUAUUAUGAUAAUUGCAAGAAAACGAUGAUUUUGCAUUAUUUCGACUGCAUCUUCCUUCUUCAAAUUUUGAUGACAUAAAAAUUUUAAAUUUCAGGGUAAUUCACCUCCAAUCAACGGGUCAACUCAUGGCAUUAUCUCAACAAAUCUCAUCUCAGUUCUUCGUAUUCCUAUCGCUUCUUUAUACAGUAAAUUGUCAAUUUCUUAGCCCCUCGAAAUGGCCGUCAAAUGCAAAUCGAAAUCCCCGAGAUUUGAUUCGAAAUCUGCCCGGUCUCACAUUCAGACCCAAUUUCGAUAGCUUCUCGGGGUAUCUUCGAGGAGUUCAAGGACAUAACUUGCACUACUGGUUUGUAGAGGGGGUGUACUGUAAUUUUAACCUAAUUUUAGGAUGGUCGAAUCUCAAAAUGAUCCUCUCAGGGAUCCACUAAUCUUUUGGUAAGGCAUUGUUGUCUACGUAUGCUAAAUAUACUGUGAUUAUAUAUAUUUACAAGACCUUCUAUAAACUUUGAAAUUCUAGGUUCAACGGGGGUCCAGGCUGCUCUUCUUUAGCCGGGCUGCUCCAGGAAAUGGGGCCAUACGUAGUGGAUUCGGACGGAUUAAAUCUGAAAAUGAAUCCUAAUUCUUGGAAUAGGGUGAGUCGAGUUUUCACAGCUUCUAUUUGGGGACACAAUACUCUCUAAGAUACUAUAUUUGAGUUUGCCAACAUUGUAUAUCUGGAAUGUCCCAGUGGGGUCGGUUUUUCAUUCUCAGCGGAUCACAAAUUAAGGACGAACGAUGAACUAGUAAGUGUAAAUAUUUUUUUUUAAAUAAUUUGAUUUUUCAAAAAAAAAAACAAAAUUUUCGACUACUUAUUUACGAAUUUAGACUGCCCAGAGUAAUUAUGCAGCCUUCAAACAUUUCUUUUCGAUCCAUCCAAACUUCCGGCAGCAUCAAAUCUUCCUUUUUGGUGAGAGCUAUGGCGCAGUUUAUGUCAGUCUUCUGGGAAAGUUGAUUUUACAAGGAAAAAGCGGCUUCCCAAUAAAUCUUGAGGUAAGUCCUGACUUUUCGACGACUUUUAUUUUGAUCUUUUUCUAAAAUCCCCUUAGGGCAUUGCGAUUGGAAAUGGGGAAAUCAACCAGCAGCUGGCCGAGGAAUCAAUGUAUUCUUUUGCCUACGAAAACGGUCUGAUUCCCAAUGGGCAUUUCAAAUUGAUGGUUCAGGUAAGAAAGAGUCAUCCUGCACAAGAAUAUUAGAUACAUUGGCAGUGAAUCGAAUCAUAUUUAGGUUUGCUGCAAGGGCCGACUCGCAGGGUGCGCUUUUGAUAAGGUCGCCAGAUCUUGUCGAACUUUGAUGAACCAAAUUGAUGACUUGCUGGACAGAAUCAACGUGUAUGACAUUUUCAGCGAAUGCAUCGAUGAGUCGCACAAACGAAAUGUAAGGAGAAUUACUGUAAUUAAUUUACAAUUAGACCUUAUGAGAUGACAAAAAUUUUUAUUUGAUAUUUAUUUCAGUCACACCUAACUGCUCGAGAAAUCCAGCCAGUAAAGUGUGUGGCGGGUGCUGCAAUUACCACUUAUCUGAACCGAGGCGAUGUGCAACAAGCGUUACAUAUUCCAAGUGACUUCGGGAAAAAGUGGCUUUUAUGCAGGUAAAAUACGAAAACUAUUAUACUUACUAUAUGAUUUCUCUUUAUUAUCUGUCAUGCAUACAUAUUUUUGAGCUUAUAUUGCCUUUAGCGACGAACUAAAAUACAGAGAGAUGAAUCCGGACCUCUCUGAUACCAUCAAAAGCAUCUUGUUCAGCAAUGUCCGGAUGCUACUUUAUUAUGGCGACGCUGGUGAGUGUUUGAGUUACUACUGCAAAAAGGUUUAGAUUACCCACUUAGGUGACCAAUUAUUUCCAGACAUUGUGGUCAAUUACCGGGUUGGUGAAAAGUUUUCGGCCGACCUUGGAUUACCAGUAGCCCAGGAGAAGAAAAGGUGGCGAACAAAUGGCCAGAUCUCCGGAUCCAAGACGAUAUACUCUCCAGGACUAACGUUCCUGACGAUAUGGGGAGCUGGCCAUAUGGCACCGCAAUGGCGGCCACAAGAAACGGCGUAUGUUGUGAAACAAUGGCUGAGGAAUGCGACAAUAUAA